AUGGCUGACACACGCUCUAAGAAUGGCAGCAGUCCACAGGCGAGCAAUGGCACCAAGCGCAAAGCAGAUGAGCAGACUAGUCCUACUCAGUCGAAGCGACCAUCGAAGGACCAGAAAACCAUCGACGAAAGCUUCAAGCCUGCUGACGAUGGCGAUGAGGGAUUCGAUGAGGAGAUGAAGGAUAGCGAGUCGAAGCCAGAGCAGAAUGGCAAGUCGGAGGCCCAAGAGCAGGAUGCGAUUGAGGAGGUCAAUGCUGGUGAGGAUGUUGAAGAGCCGAAACAGAAGGAGAACGAGAAGAGCAAUGAGAAGAAUGCGCUUGAUGAGGUCAAGGCAGAUGAGAAGGACGAGGGAAAGACGAGCAAGGACGAGAGCCAUGAGAAUGGUACUGCCAACGGCGAUGCAGAGGUCAAGGAGAAGGCAAUCGAAGAGGACAAGGAGCGUGAACAAGCACAACCCUCAAACAUCCUCGAGAAGGGUAUAAUAUACUUCUUCGCACGAGGGCGAGUGGGUGUCGAGGAUCCGGACAGUGUCCAGGAUCUCGCUCGCAGCCAUUUCGUCUUGCGACCUCUGCCAGCUGGUGCGAAGAUUACCGACGGAGCUAUUCAGGACGUUGGAAACAACCGCCUCGUCGCAUUGCCGAAGAAGGUUUUUCCGAAGAGCGGCAAAGACCGCUUCAUGGCAUUCAUCGAGAAGGAAAAAGCAUCGAUGGAUACUUUGAAGGAGGAGUUCUUCUCUGGGUCAUCAUACAGCACAAAGACAGUGGGCACACGCCACACACCGGAAGUCACACCAAUUGGCGAGGGAGUAUAUGCGAUCACGACCACUGGCGGCGGGCAGGGUACGACUCAUCUGGCAUACAUGCUCACCAUCCCGAAUGAGGUGGGCGAGGUGCAGAAGGACAUGGGUAUUGCUGAAAAGGGCAGCUUCGUGAUGAGCUUGAAGAACCCAGAGUCUUCGGCACCGUCCUACGCUCUCCCCAACAACGCCGAAUUCCCGAAGGAGUUCAUUGAGGAGUUUGGGGGUCGUGGCUGGAUGCCAGUCCAGCCGAAGCAUCUUGACUAUGUCAACGCGGCGUUCUUGCUAAUUGGCGAGAAUUUCGAGAGCAGCAACAACCUUGAGCCCGCGCCCAAAGACGAGAAGGACGACGAGAAGGAGACUCCCGCAGAGGAGCUCGAGAAGCUUGAGGAGGAAGACGAGCAUCGCGUCGAGAACCUUCGUGGUGAUGACACUGUUUUCGCUGACCUGGGCAUCUCUUCUAAGGAGUAUCCCAAGGUACUUACCACCUGGUAAGUGGCGGCACGCCCGCAGACGAGAGACAACAAAUCUGUACAGUACUCCAUCAGCAGCAUGGAUGAGACGCGCGAGAGGCCAACAGGACGAAUUAAGACAACCAGUUGAGCGCAGCAUGU